AUGACUUUCCAAGGUCGACAAGCCUUGGCUGACGCGGCAGCUUUUCGCGAGUUCAUCGCUGCGCAGGGGCUGAAUGCGGCGCCUCCGCUGGAUCUGAGGGAUGCCCAGUGGGUCACCUUCGGCGGGUCCUACAGCGGCGCCCUAAGCGCCUGGGCGCGGCAGCUCUACCCGCAGCACUUCGCGGCCGCGGUGGCGUCGUCGGCGCCCAUCGAGAGUCAGAUGAACUUCCAGGGCUUCCAUGACGUGGUGGCCUCUAGCCUGGCGGCACCCAGUGUCUUUGGCACGCCGCAAUGCUUGGCCACUAUAAGCCGUGGCCAUGCAGAACUUGGCGACUUGCUGAAGACGGAGCGCGGCAAACGUUCACUGGAGAAGAAGUUCAACCUCUGCGGAAGCAAUCCGCUGGAUGUGCGUCAAAACAUCGGCGGUUGGGCGGGUUUUGGCGUAAUCACUAGCAAUCAGUACAACAACAAUCGAUGCCCCACCACCAGCUGUAAUAUCAAACUCCUCUGUGGCAAUCUUUCAGCGUUCCGCCGUGCAACGAUGAGUGAUUUGGAUGCUCUGGUGAUGUUGCAGCAACAUCAACGAGAGGAGAUGGUGGCAGGUGGGAACCCGAACGCAGCUGGCUGCACAGAUAUCUCCUGGCAGAGCUAUCUCGACAGCAUGAAACUCAUCGAAAAACACAGCGACUCCAGAAACUUCUUCCGCAUUUGGACGUAUCAACUCUGCACGGAGUGGGGAAAUUUCAUCACUUGCGAUGAAGGCUCGAAUUGUCCCUUUACGCGCGGCUAUAAUGACAUGGACCUGUGGUACAACAUGUGCCUUGAGGUCUACAACAUCAGCAAAGCGCAAGUGUUGGCCAACGUUCGGAAGACCAACGAGUUCUACGGAGGGACAAAGUUUCCCGGUGGAACGCAGGUGGUCUUCCCCAAUGGCGAGGUGGAUCCGUGGCACUCUCUGUCGGUCCUGGUACCUCCAAACCACAACAUUGACACCAUUUUUGUGAAGGGAGCAUCCCAUUGUGAAUGGAUGCAAGCCGAGUGGGAUUCCAUGCCCGAAGCGCUUCGGAGAUCGAAAAGCUCGAUCCAAAGAAAGAUUGAGCAAUGGCUUCUAAACCAAAAAACGCAGGAACUCUAGCACUGAGUGCUGAGAGCUGAGCUUGCCUGGAAGUGUUCCCAAGGGGACACACUGUACAAAUGCUUGUCAACAUUAGAUACAAUGUGGGGCCCCCAAACGAUAGCUAAGUUGGUGC